AUUUUAAGUAACAGUACAGCUGCAAUCUGGUCAUAACACAAAAACACAAAUUAAUAUGGGACACUACAUGCAUACAUUGACUAUGUGCUAAGGCUUUGUAUGAGGGAUCCUGAACAAACCGACACUUGUCCAAAGUCUGCCCUCAAGCAGAUCCUCCAGACCCAAAACGAUAAGCAGAAAUAGCUCUUUGGUUUCCUCCCAAAGGAUUUCCCCGAAUUAGAACCAUUUUGUCCAGUCUUGUUUCUGUGAACAACCGUUCCUCAUGUUUUCCAUCCUGUAGGCUCUCACACUCUUUUGGAGCGUCACAGUUUUAAUAUGUCAUUUAGGGUCAUUAAAGGUCAAAAUAGUUAAGAGGUCAGCUGUCACUGACUGCUUCGCUUGUUUUAAAGUGACCAACUUUAUUGUCGUUCUGCAUGAUGAAUACUUCUAUUCACAUCAGUACUUGAAUAUCUGGGUAAAAUAUCUUUAACAUCUUGUUUCACAUCGAGAGAAAGUACAGAACCAAAUGUUGUAUCAUAUUUCUCAUAUGACAGUGAAGGAUCCGUAUGAGGUUUCAACCAUCUAUUAAUUGUUAAAUAAUUGUAAAUAAGACAAAGGUCCCACUGUAUUUUUGUUGUUGUUGUUCUCAAUUUGAGUUUUACGGUGAACCUCAGAAAGAGAAAAACAACAGUGUAAAUUAUUCAGUGUCUUAUAAUUAUGGCAGAUGUGGUUUAUUGUCCCAUGGGCCAAUCUUCCGGCCAACUCUGGGUAUUGAGGCACAAGUUAGAGUGAAUUACCACUGAGCAUCGUCCUCAUGUCGGCAUAAACAUGUUAGCUUUCAAUGAAUUUAGGAAGGAAGCACAGGAUGCCGACUUGUGAUAAAAAAUAACUAGCGCAUGCAGACAUUUCUAAAUUUGUUUUCGCUCCAGCCUGCAUGAUGGGAAUAAUGGGAGAAAACUGGGUGUCACAACUGUAUGUGAAACGCUGCUGUCAGCCAAAGUCAUUCAACCUGUAUUGUAUUAUUGAUCUUGAACCAAUGGCGAAGCAGGGUUUGUUUUGGGGAGGGGCGGGCGAAUGGACGUUGGUGUAGCAGUGACGCUGAUACCAAAAUGCUGCUCUUCUGUAAUCUAAGUUUCAAAAAAGGACUGCCGCUCCAGCAUAACCAUCUCUCACUGUGACCGACCAGAAAGAGGAAAGAUCUCCAGUGAUGACCGGCCCUCAGAGGCUGCUCUGCCUGUGGGUUUGGCUGCUGCUCGUGGCAACUCUGUGCCCAGGUGCAGACGGUAAGCGAGGAGGCUUCUUCAAGGGUAAAAAAAAAGACGACAAAGAUGGCAAAGAUGGCAAAGAUGGCAAAGAUGGCAAGGCACCUUCCCCUCCGGGCCGAGGCCUCUCCAAGCAGGGCCUGAAGUGGGCUGGAGCUGCAGCAGCGGCCGGCAUGCUGGGGGGCUCUGGCACCGGGCUGGGGCUCUUGGGGAAGUCAAAGCACAGAUCUGGGAGUCACCACGGCCACAAGGCGGCUUCCUCUGAGAAAGAUCAGCGGCUUCACCACAACGAAAGCCAAAGACCUCCCAACCAGUCGCCGUGGAGAGCCUUCGUAAAGGCGGCCGCUCCCACGACCAGCGUCGUCCUCACGCUGGGACACGCGGUGUCUUUCCUCGUAGCCGCCUGGAUAGGAGACAUUUAACACGUCUGGUCGCUGGAGAAACAAGUCGGUCGUUGAAUCAAAUGAAAUAAAAGCUGCUUUGAACAAAU